AUGAAGAAGAUGGAAAAGCCUACAGCUCCAGAACAAAUAGAAGUCAUGACCACCCACCAACAUUCUCUUACAAGACGAAAAGGUGGUCUCAUUACUAUACCUUUCAUUUUAGCAAAUGAAUUUUUUGAGAGAGUGGCAAGCCAUGGACUUCUCCCAAAUAUGGUGUUCUACUUAAUGAAAGAAUAUCACAUGGGUGUAGCCCAAGCUACCACCACAAUUUUCCUCUGGAAUGCUGCUACAAAUUUCACUCCCCUUUUGGGUGCUUUAAUCUCCGAUUCAUGCUUGGGUCGCUUUCUCACCAUUGGUCUAGGAUCCUCUUUCAGUCUCUUGGGAAUGACGCUCAUGUGGUUAACAGCCAUGGUUCCAUAUUUGAGACCUCCCCCUUGCGACCAAACGACCCAAACAAUCUGUGAAACCCCAACUGCACUCCAAAUGGCUGUGCUUGUCAUUUCCAUGGGCUUAAUUUCCAUUGGAGCUGGUGGCAUUCGGCCAUGUUCCUUAGCAUUUGGGGUUGAUCAAUUGGACAAAAGAUCUAAUUCCAAAAAUAAGGGGGUAUUGGAGAGCUACUUUGGAUGCUACAAUGCCUGUACAGUGAUUGCUGUCCUCAUGUCUAUGACAGCAGUUGUUUAUAUUCAAGAACAACAUGGUUGGAAAGUGGGUUUUGGGGUUCCUGUAAUUCUUAUGUUCUUGUCCAUUUUCUUGUUCUUUGUUGCUUCUCCACUUUACUUCAAGCUGAAAGAACGCACAAAUUUACUCGCCGGCUUUGCACAAGUUCUCAUCGCUGCUUACAAGAAUAGAAAAGUUCCAUUCCCUCCAAGAGAUUCAGAUAACAAGUAUUAUCACAAGAAGAAUUCAGAAUUCAUUGUACCAACUGAGAAUCUAAGGUUCUUGAACAAGGCUUGCAUCAUCAGAAACCCAGAACAAGAUUUAGCUCCAGAUGGAUCAGCAUCAAACCCAUGGAAUCUUUGCACAGUAGAGAGAGUAGAAGAACUCAAAGUUAUCAUCAGGGUUAUUCCAAUAUGGUCUACGGGGAUUAUGAUCUCGAUAAAUGUUAGCCAAGGCUCAUUAUUACAAGUGCUCCAAGCUAGCUCCAUGGACAGACACCUAACCUCCAAUUUCGAAAUUCCAGCAGGCUCUUUUGCUAUGUUCUUAGUCGUCUCUAUAAUAAUGUGGAUUUUUCUAUACGAUAGAGUAAUCCUUCCCUUGGCAUCAAAAAUCAAGGGUGAGCCGGUGAGACUUGGUGUUAAAUUAAGAAUGGGAAUCGGUCUAUUCUUUUCUUGCAUGUCUAUGGUAGUUGCAGGAAUUGUUGAGAAUAUUCAACAAAGUAAAGCAAUCAUGGAAGGUAAUAUAAACAACCCUCAAGCUGUGUUGGAGAUGUCUGCACUCUGGCUCAUACCACAAUUUUGCUUGAAUGGCUUAGCAGAAGCAUUUAACUCUAUAAGCCAAUCAGAGUUCUUUCACUCAGAGUUCCCCAAGAACCUCUCAAGUAUUGCUAGUGCUCUAUCUGGACUAGGAAUGGCAGUGGCAAACUUGUUGGCAAUUGUUGUUCUAAGUACUGUCGAUCAAAUUACUACAGAAGGAGGCAAAGAUGGAUGGGUUCCUGAUAAUAUUAACAAGGGUCGUUAUGACAAGUACUAUGGACUUCUUGCAAUUAUGAGUUUUGUGAGUCUGCUAUAUUUUGUGUUAUGCAGUUGGGCAUAUGAUCAUUCCAAGGAUCAACUGUCAGAGGUUGGGGAUGAUGACCAUAAAGAAUAA